AUCGCCAACGGGAAAAUACAUUUAACUCCCGUGAUGUUGGCAUUUUACGGCGUGUGAGCUUCGAGUCUGAGUUAUUCUGACUUUGUUUUUGUUUCUCUGGGUUUCCAGGUCAACACGUCCUUCUCAGCCUCAAACCGGGGGGCAGCGGAGACGCGAGAGCGCUGACCCCCGGCCGCCCUCCUCCCGGAUGAGCAAUGGACAGGCUGCUAAGCCUCAGAGGGGUGAUCUUCCCUCUAGUGUCCUUCCUGUUAAAUUUCGCCACCGCCGUUGAAAUACCCCUUUCAGUUCAACAGGUUCCAACAAUCACAAAGCAGUCGAAGGUACAAGUCGCCUUUCCCUUCGAUGAAUAUUUUCAAAUCGAAUGUGAAGCUAAAGGCAAUCCGGAGCCAAAAUUUACAUGGACUAAAGAUGGCAAGCCCUUCGACCUCUCCGACCCUCGGGUCAUUGUCUCCAACAACUCGGGAACCUUCAGGAUUCCCAACGAGGGGCAGAUAUCUCACUUCCAGGGGAAGUACCGCUGCCUCGCAUCCAAUAAGCUGGGAGUCGCUAUGUCCGAGGAAAUAGACUUUAUAGUUCCCAAUGUUCCAAAGUUCCCCAAAGAGAACAUCGAGCCCCUUGAAGUGGAGGAGGGAGACCCCAUUGUCCUGCCCUGCAACCCACCCUCGGGCCUCCCCCCCCUGCACAUCUACUGGAUGAACAUCGAGCUGCAGCACAUCCAGCAAGACGAGAGGGUGCACAUGAGCCAGCAGGGGGACCUGUACUUUGCAAACGUUGAGGAAAACGACAGUCGGAACGACUACUGUUGCUUCGCCGCCUUCCCGAGGUUGAGGACGAUCGUGCAGAAGAUGCCGAUGAAACUGACCGUUAACAGCUUAAAGCAUGCUAAUGACUCGAGUUCACCCACAGAAACCCGUUCCCGGGCAAAUUCCAUCAAGCAGAGAAAACCCAGACUGCUGCUGCCUCCCGCUGCCGAGGGCUCCGAGUCCUCGGUCACCAUCCUCAAAGGGGACACGCUGGUGCUGGAGUGCUUCGCCGAAGGCCUGCCAACUCCACAGGUCGACUGGGAAAAAGUGGGAGGAGAUUUACCCAAAGGCAGAGAAACUGGAGACAGUCACGGGAAGACGCUGACGGUGGAGAGAGUCUCCUACCAGGACGGAGGCCGUUACCGCUGCCGGGCCCACAACUUCCUGGGCUCCGCCGUCCAUGAUUUCCACGUCACGGUAGAAGAGCCCCCUCACUGGACGAAGAAACCCCAGAGUGGCGUGUACAGCACGGGGGCCAGCGGCAUCUUGCUGUGCGAGGCAGAAGGCGAGCCCGAGCCCGCCAUCCGGUGGCGAGUCAAUGGCCUCCCGAUUGAGGAAAACCCAUUUGCCGGGGACGUCAUCUCCCCCGGGGAGGUCAGCUUCACAGACUUGCAGCCCAACCACACAGCCGUGUACCAGUGCGAGGCCUCCAACGUGCACGGGACCAUCCUGGCCAAUGCCAACAUCGAUGUCGUUGAUGUCCGUCCACUGAUACAGACAGAAGAUGAAGAGAGUUAUGCCACUGUGGUUGGGUCCAGUGCUUUCCUGCACUGCGAGUUCUUCGCCUCCCCUGAGCCGAUGGUGUCCUGGCAGAAGGUGGAUGAAGCCAAACCUCUCGAAGGCCCUCGGUACCACGUCCAUGUGAAUGGCACACUGCAGGUCAGCAGGGCCACCGAGGAGGACUCUGGCUCCUACUCCUGCUGGGUGGAAAACUCUAAAGGGAAAUCAGCAGUCACGGCCAGCUUGGAUAUCCGAAAUGCUACAGAAGUUCAGGUUUCCCCUAAGGACCCCCGCGUCCCCCGAUCGCACACCCUGGAGCUGCACUGCGAGAGCAAGUGCGACUCGCAUCUGAAGCAGAGCCUGAGGCUGUCCUGGAGCAAAGGUGGCGACGCCUUCGAGGUCAACGGCACGGAGGACAGCAGGGUGGUCAUUGACGGAUCCCACCUGACCAUCUCCAACGUCACCGCAGAGGACCAAGGCCUCUACUCCUGCUCGGCUCACACUGCUCUCGACAGCGCUGCCGACGGGACCCGCGUGACCGUGCUCGAUGUUCCGGAUCCCCCAGAAAACCUCCGCUUGUCAGAACGACAGAACAGGAGUGUCCGGCUGACGUGGGACGCUGGGGACAACCACAACAGCAACAUCAGUGAGUAUGUCAUAGAGUUUGAAGGAAACAGGGAGGAGCCUGGCAGGUGGGCAGAGCUGACCUCGGUCCACGGCCAGGAGACCACGGUCCUGCUCCCUUUGGUUCCGUACAUGAGAUACCAGUUCAGGGUCAUCGCUGUGAACGAAGUAGGCAGGAGCCACCCCAGCAGGCCGUCCGACCAUCAUGAAACCCCUCCGGCAGCUCCCGACAAGAAUCCACAGAACAUAAGGGUACAGGCCUCUCAGCCCAAGGAAAUGAUUAUAAAGUGGGAGCCUCUGAAAUCCCUGGAGCAGAACGGGCCGGGGCUGGAGUACCGGGUGGCCUGGAAGCCGCAGGGGGCCCUGGGCGAGUGGGAGGAGGAGACCGUCCGUGAGCACAGCCUGCGGGUGAUGACUCCGGCCGUCUACGCGCCCUACGAGGUCCAGGUCCAAGCCGUCAACCACCUGGGCGCCGGCCCCGCGCCUCAGUCCGUGGUCCUGUAUUCCGGAGAAGACUACCCCGAUGCGGCCCCGGUGAUCCAUGGCGUGGACGUGGUGAACAGCACGCUAGCGAAAGUGACCUGGUCCUCCGUGCCCAAGGACCGAGUCCACGGGCGUCUGAAAGGAUACCAGGUGAAUUGGUGGAAGACAGAAAGCCUGUCGGAUGGCAGGACGCAUCCCAAAGAGGUGAACACCCUGCGGUUCCCGGGACAGCGGAACUCGGGCUUGCUGCCCUCGCUGGAGGCCUUCAGCCAGUUCCGCCUGACCGUCCUGGCCUUCAACGCCAAGGGGGCCGGGCCCGAGAGCGAGCCCUACACGUUUCAGACGCCAGAGGGAGUUCCCGAACCGCCGGCUUUCCUCAGGGUGGUCACGGUGGAGAAAGACACGGCCACGCUGUCCUGGGGACUCCCCAAGAAGCUGAAUGGGAACCUGACCGGCUACCUGCUGCAGUACCAGACAAUCAACGACACCCGCGAGGUUGGCGAGCUAAGCGAGGUCAACAUCACCACCCCGUCCAAGUCCAGCUGGCACCUGUCGAACCUCAGCGCCACCACCAAGUACAAGUUCUACGUGAGGGCGUGCACGUCGCAGGGCUGCGGGAAGCCCGUCUCCGAGGAGGGCGCCACCCUGGGAGAGGGCGAAUACGCCGGCUUGUACGAGGACAUCGCCACCCAGGGCUGGUUCAUCGGGCUGAUGGGCGCCAUCGCGGUCCUCACGCUUGUCCUGCUGACCGUCUGCUUUGUGAAGAGGAACAGGGGCGGGAAGUACUCAGUGAAAGACAAGGAAGACCUGCACCCGGACCCGGAAGUUCAGUCGGGGAAAGAUGAGACCUUUGGGGACUACAGUGACAGUGACGAGAAGCCCCUGAAAGGAAGCCUCCGGUCCCUCACGCGGGACCUGCCGGCCACAGAGAGCGCCGACAGCUUGGUCCAGUACGGGGACGGCGACCACGGCCUGUUCAGCGAGGACGGGUCCUUCAUCGGGGCCUACGCCGGGGCCAAGGAGAAGGGGUCCGUGGAGAGCACCGGCAGCUCCACGGCCACGUUCCCGCUGCGGGCGUGA